UAGCAUAGUAGAAUGACCCACAAUGAUUAGAUUAGAGAAUAAGGCACAUUACGCACCCAGGCGCUUGCAUUUAUCCAUAAGUCCAAAGAGAGACAUUGAUCCAUGACGAGAGUGUUUUCCAACACUGCAACAACUUCAGUUUGGCUCUCCUAUUUUCUUCGCCCUCCUUCUCCUUCAGUAGUUACCCCUAAUCGUCUUCCUUUCUCACCAUUUUCUACUGCCCACCAUAAACAGAAGUUUUCGACAUUGAUUGCUAUGGAUGCACGUAUUUCUGUAUCUACCAAAGAAGUCUCACAGGGUUUAGAUGUGGCAAAUGAGGAAGAACUUGCUUCCCAAUCUAAAUUACUUAAAGAAUUUGCCUCAUUAUCUACCAUCGACAGGGCAUGGGUCUUUGAAUCGGAUAAUGGAGGUAGUUCUCGGGCAAUGUUUUCAAUAGGCCGACCAAAUCUCUUAGGAAAUAAAAAACGCACUCAUGUUCUAUCUUCUCAUAUUGCAAAAGAAAGUAAUGGCUCUGUAAGCUUUCAAUGGGCUCCAUUCCCUGUUGAAAUGUCAGGCGUAUCAACAAUUGUUCCAUCACCGUCAGGACAGAAAAUGCUUGUCAUACGGAAUCAGGAAAAUGAUAGUCCAACACAAUUUGAAAUCUGGGGACCAUCUCAGGUGGAGAAGGAAAUACAUAUCCCAAAAUCUGUUCAUGGUUCAGUAUAUACCGAUGGAUGGUUUGAGGGAAUUUCCUGGAGCUCGGAUGAAACUCUCAUUGCUUAUGUUGCUGAGGAUCCAUUUCCAUCCAAGCCAGUGUUUUAUGGUCUCGGCUACAAGAAAACAGGUUCUACAGAGAAGGGCUGUAAUAGCUGGAAAGGGCAAGGAGAUUUCGAAGAGGACUGGGGUGAAACCUAUUCGGGGAAAAGGCGUCCUGGACUAUUUGUUGUCAAUAUUAUUAGUGGAGAUGUACACAUUGUUGAUGGAAUUUCCAAGUCCUUAAGUGUAGGACAGGUUGUAUGGGCGCCGAAGAAUGAUGAUUUGGACCAGUACUUGGUUUUUGUCGGGUGGCCAUCAGACUGUGGAUCUGAAAAGAUUGUGAGAAAGCUUGGUAUAAAAUACUGUUAUAAUAGACCAUGCGCUCUGUAUGCAGUCAAAGCAUCAGUUCACAAACCAGAAACUGAUAAACUUGAAACCAAAGGUGACAGAACUGAAGAUAUGACUGCGGCCAUCAAUCUUACUCAAGACAUAAGUAGUGCAUUCUUUCCCCGAUUCAGCCCAGAUGGGAAGUUCCUUGUUUUCUUGUCUGCAAAGAGUGCUGUGGAUACUGGAGCACAUUCUGCCACUGACUCUCUCCACAGGAUUGAUUGGCCUAGUGAUGGGAAGCCUCGUAUAUCUCUUAAAUUGGUUGGCGCGGUCCCCGUUGUAAAGUGUGCCGAAGAGAAUUGCUUUCCAGGACUUUACUGUUCAAGUUUCCUCCGUAACCCGUGGCUUUCCGAUGGACAGACAAUGAUCAUGUCUUCCUACUGGCGCAGCAGUCAAGUAAUAAUUUCUGUUAAUGUGUUGAGUGGGAGAAUAUCUCGAGUUACUCCUAAUUCAAGUGCUUCGUGGAAUAUUCUUGCCUUAGAUGGGGACAAUAUUCUCUCUGUGUCUAGUAGUCCAGUAGAGCUUCCUGAAAUCAAGUAUGGGUACUCUAUUGAGAGGAAGGAAUGGAAUUGGCUAGAUAUUUCAAGUCCUGUUUCUAAAUGCUCUAUGAAGGUUAGAUCUAUGCUAUCAUCCCUCCAGUUUAGUAUAAUGAAGAUUCCAGUUCGCGAUGCUUCUGUAGACCUUACAGACGGUGCCAAGACACCCUAUGAAGCCAUAUUUGUUUCUUCUAAAACCAGGAAAAGUGGUGCAUGUGAUCCAUUGAUUGUAAUCCUUCACGGUGGACCACAUUCUCUCUUGUUGACUAACUUUAGUAAAAAUCAUGCGUUCCUAUCUACAUUAGGUUACAGCUUGCUCAUAGUUAAUUAUAGAGGUUCAUUGGGAUUUGGAGAGGAGGCAUUACAAUCACUCCCAGGGAAAGUUGGAUCACAGGAUGUCAAUGAUGUACUUGCAGCUCUAGACCAUGUCAUUGAAAUGGGUCUUGCUGACCCAUCUAAAGUUGCUGUUGUUGGAGGCUCACAUGGGGGCUUUUUAACGACCCACUUGAUCGGCCAGGCACCAGAUAGGUUUGUCGUAGCAGCUGCGAGAAAUCCUGUUUGUAAUCUUGCAUUGAUGGUUGGUACGUCUGAUAUCCCCGAUUGGUGUUAUGUGGAAACAUAUGGUGGUAGCGAGGGAAAAAAUUACUUCACAGAGGCACCUUCACUUGAUCAUCUACAUGUGCUGUACAACAAGUCUCCUAUUUCACACCUCUCAAAGGUCAAAACACCAACACUCUUCCUUCUAGGCGCACAGGAUCUGCGUGUUCCAGUUUCAAAUGGAUUGCAAUAUGCACGAGCAUUGAAGGAGAACGGAGUUGAGGUUAAGGUGAUCGUGUUUCCGAACGACAUCCAUGGAAUUGACAGGCCGCAAUCUGACUUUGAAAGCUUUCUAAACAUUGGUGUCUGGUUCAAUAAGCAUUUUCAAUAAGCGGGAGUUGUGAUCCAUGUGAUCUUUGAAAUACAUGUUAUCUUUAAAAUUUAAUGUCAGAUCCGUCAAAUACUUGUACACAAUGUGAAAUUGUGAAUAUGAAGUUAUUGGGUUCUGUUUUGCCGAUUCUCAUAGGCAUACAUAUGACUAGAACACCGCUGCCACGGUGGGGAGGGCCGACCGAAGAAAAACGAAACGUCGCUAUUUUUGAGGCAUAUACAUCAUUUUAGUGGUUGCAUAACCAAAUUAGUGGAUGCAUUUACCAAAAUUCGACUGCAUAAUGUGUUAUGUAUUCUUUGUGGUGGUUUGUAUAAUGGUCAUGUAUUCAAUUUUCGAGAAUUGUGCCUAAAAUGAAAGUAUCACUUUUCUUGAGA